AUGCUUGUCUCGGUCCUUUUCACCCUCCUCACCGCCAUCGGCGCUCAGGCCUCGCCUUGGGGCCGCGGCAUUGAUGACCCAAACUACAACCCUAGCCUGUACAACUCGUCGAUUCCUUACAUUCGAGACGUCGUUCCCGGAAAUUAUGUCAAGGAUAUCAGCCAGUGCCCCAAGCUUACCCGUCGACCCAUUCCCGACAAUGCCCACGAUGUUCGUCUCGACGAUAUCACAGUCGUCAUGGCGCUUGGUGACUCUGUCACCGCAGCAAUGUUUGCCAAAGCCAAGAACCCACUGCAGCUCCUUGAAUACCGUGGCGUCAGCUAUGCUACUGGCCGCGACCCCGGAGCCUUGACCUUGGCCAACUUUAUGAACAACUACACGCCCAACGUCGGUGGAUCCACUGGUGCCCACCUCGUUACGCUGUGUGCCGCUGGUGGUCCGCUGUGUACCCCUCACUGGGGACUUACGGAUGGCCUGAACUCGGCCAUUAGCGGUGCUCACGCCUCCAACCUGCCAUUUGAGGCAAGCUCUUGGAUCGUGCCCAAGUACAAGAACCUCGCCAAGGCCGACGGCUGGGCGUUCCUCAACAUCAUGAUCGGUCCCAACGACAUGUGCCAGUACUGCGCCGCCGCCGACUUUGGUAUCGGUAAUUCCCAAGAGUAUGCGUCGGGAAUCAGGGAUGCCGUUCAGCAGAUUCGUGCUGUUGUCCCCAGGCUCAUUGUCAACGUCAUCGGCACGUUCCACGUCUCGGACAUCUAUGCCAAGACUGUCACUUCUUCCUACUGCUGGAACCCGCUUUUCCCUAUUGUUCCCCACCCGCCCAUCGAGUGCCCAUGCGCGUCCUUCCCCGGUGCGAUCGGCGACAUUAAGCGCUCCAAGAUGGACACCCUCGCCUCGCAGUACGACGACGCCAUCCGGACCGUCGUGCGCGGAUGGCAGGCCGAGAAUGACCCGCACUUUGGCGUCACCUUCCAGCCGGGCUCGCUCGUGAACAUUAAGAAUUCGCCACUUACCGCCCUGUCGCCGGCUGACUGCUUCCACCCUUCGCUCGAGUCGCACAAGCGAUUCGCGGCGGGUGUGUGGAACAGGAUGGCCACGACCCAGGACAAGAGGGAUAUCGAGACCAAGUGGGAGAACGAUGUGUGGAUUCGCUGUGUGGAGGAGAGUGACAGGAUUCAGCUCAACCAGAUCUAA